AUCAGUCUUAAAAGUCAUGACUCACGUGAGAGUCAUACGGCCAAAGAAAAAGACAAAAAAGCAAUAAAGAAUAGAAAAGAAGACAGCAGUGCGACUGCUGCGGAGAAUCAAAGGAAAGGAGAUAAUGGCGAAGGUGGAGGAGAUUAAGAAUUCGAAAGAAGAAGAAGUUAAGCAGCCAUUGAACACGGCGAAGAAGGAAGCAUUAGGAUGGAUGGAAUGGCUAAGAGGCUGGUUCUAUUUGGUUUUCGAGAUGCUUUUUCAAAGGAUAUCGGCUAGUCACUUGCACAACCCUAUGCCUCUCCCUCCUAUCAAUGAUCUCACUUGCAUCGUCACUGGUUCUACCAGCGGCAUCGGCCGUGAAAUCGCUCGGCAGUUGGCCGAAUCAGGAGCACAUGUUAUUAUGGCUGUCAGGAACACGAAAAAUGCACAGGAAUUAAUACGGAAAUGGCAGGAAGAUUGGUCUGGCAAGGGCCUUCCGCUCAACAUUGAGGUCAUGGAGCUUGAUCUUCUCUCUUUGGAUUCUGUUGCACGAUUUGCAGAAGCGUGGAAUGCCCGCUUGGCACCAUUACAUGUUCUCAUCAAUAAUGCUGGCAUAUUUUCAAUAGGGGAACCACAGAAGUUUUCAAAAGAUGGGUAUGAAGAACACAUGCAAGUGAAUCAUCUAGCUCCGGCGAUGCUUUCGAUAUUGCUUUUACCAUCACUUAUUAGAGGUUCUCCGAGCCGAAUUAUUAAUGUGAACUCUACGAUGCACUAUGUUGGGUUUGUUGAUCCAGAAGAUAUGAAUGUUGUAUCUGGAAAGAGAAAGUACACCAGCGUAGUGGGAUACGGAGGCAGCAAGCUUGCUCAGAUUAUGUUCAGUAGCGUCCUUCACAAGAGGCUACCUGCCGAAGCUGGCAUAAGUGUAGUCUGUGUUACUCCUGGAAUUGUUCUAACCAAUGUUGCCAGGGAUCUUCCUCAGUUUCUGCAAGUGGGUUAUCGUCUAAUACCUUAUUUUAUAUUUAAUGCAGAUGAAGGCUCUAGAAGUACCUUGUUUGCAGCAACAGAUCCUCAAAUAUCCGAGUAUUGUGAAAUGCUGAAAGCAGAUGAUUGGCCAGUCUGUGCUUACAUUUCUCAUGAUUGUCGUCCCACAAAUGCUUCUGAAGAAGCACAUAAUGUCGAAACUUCUUAUAAGGUCUGGGAGAAGACGCUAGAUUUGGUUGGCCUUCCUUUAGACUCAGUAGAGAGGCUUAUAGAAGGGGAAGAAAUCAAAUGCCGAUAUGGGAAUUCCCAGGAGUAACUCCAUCUGUGAUGGGAUGUAAUGCUAGUCUAUUGGACUGGUUCAGACAGCAUUCCACUGCACACGAAGUUUGGCGCUCCGCAAGGUCAUCAUGCCUUCAACUUUCUCAUCUCUUGACCUGUUUCAGUAUUCAAAGGAACAAAUGGAGCAUGUUGUAGAAACCUGUAUUACGUGAUAGAAACUUUUUGGCUUUUGCUAAUGUUUACGUGCAAGAUUUUGAAUGCGUAGGUUUCUUAUAUUUCAGCUUGUAGUCGUGUAACUGAUGACACAGGCAUGUAUUUUUUUUCCUGUUCUUUGCUUAAGGUCUAUGUACGAGUUCUUCAGUGGAAUCCUUUUCCCCGUGUCUUAAGUCCACACUGACUUUUUCGGUUUGUUGCGCCAAUGCUUGUGCGAGAAAUCAUAGAAAAUUGAAUCAA